AUGUCCAGCCCGGCUAAAAAGCGCAAGCGAAAUGGCGCUGAUGCAUCGCCGCAAAAAACGCGCAGUAUUGAAUCGUUUUUCAAAGGACAGGCCACUAAGCAGGCUAAACAACCAGAGCCGUCGGUGACUGAACAGACGCUAUCAGACGAAGCUUUGGCACGCAAGCUCCAGGCUGAGUGGGACCAGGAAGAUGGUGCUCGCGAUUUGACUUCAGAUAGUAAUCAAACUAUUCCAACUGAGCCUGAAGCGAGCGCGGCCCCAACGCCUACAAUACCAGAAGAUGUCUCCUCGAUAACUCCAGUGACACCGAAGAAGAAUACACUAUCAUUGCAAUCAUCUGCAGGCACAGAGGAUACGGUGUCUCUUGCAGUUCCCUUCGAUCAGAGCCCACAAGUCUUCGAUGCCAACAAAUAUGCCACCGAGUUGCGGGCACAUUGGGGAGCGGAGGGCGGCGAUGCUUCCUACGCUCUGCUAACCAGAGCCUUUGUCCUCGCCAAUGCGACGAACAGCCGCAUCAAGAUCGUUGAUACGUUGGUGAACUUUCUUCGCGUUUUGAUCGAAGGCGACCCGUCUAGUCUUCUUCCUGCGGUAUGGCUAGCAACCAACUCCAUUGCACCACCAUAUGAAGCUAUAGAGUUGGGACUAGGUGGUUCUGCGAUCUCCAAGGGCCUGAAGAAGAUAUAUGGUUUGAAUAAUCAAGGCCUUAAGACGCUUUACGACAAGCAUGGCGAUGCGGGCGAUGUUGCAUUCGAGGCUAAGAAGCGGCAGGCGUUUACGUUGGUCAAGCCGAAGCCUCUCAAGAUCAAGGGAGUGUAUCAGUCAUUGCUGAAAAUUGCCUCCAGCAAAGGACCGGGCAGUCAGGAGAAUAAGCAGCGGAUUGUGGACAAGCUUCUACAGGAUACCCGAGGUGCCGAGGAAAGUCGCUAUAUUGUGCGCACAUUGGUUCAGAAUCUGCGAAUUGGUGCAGUCAAAACAACCAUGCUAAUUGCUCUUGCGCGUGCAUUUCUUUACUCUAAACCAGAGAGUGCAGAUUUUGAGGUUCGAACACCACAUGAAAUGACACGUUUGAAGAAAGAGCAGCUCGCGGAGAUCUACUCGAGCGCAGAAGAAAUUGUCAAAGCAUCGUAUGCUAGACAUCCGAAUUACAAUGACCUCGUCUCCUGUCUUCUAGAGAUCGGCGUUACGGAAGAACUCCUUCUUCGCUGUGGGUUGGUUUUACAUGUUCCAUUGAGGCCAAUGCUGGGCAGCAUCACCCGCGAUCUGUCGGAUAUGUUGACGAAGCUCCAAGGGAGAGCCUUCAGUUGCGAAUACAAGUAUGAUGGACAGCGUGCCCAAGUCCACUGUGACGAGACAGGCAGGGUGUCUAUUUUCUCUCGUCAUCUUGAGCUCAUGACAGAAAAGUAUCCCGACCUUGUGUCCCUCGUACCACAAAUCCGCGGAGAGAGCGUGUCCAGCUUCAUCUUGGAAGGAGAAGUCGUCGCGGUGGACCGCGAAACCGGCGACCUGCAGCCUUUUCAGACGCUAACUAACCGCGCCAAAAAGAAUGUUGAGAUCGGAGCCAUUACGGUCAACGUCUGUCUGUUCUCCUUCGAUUUGAUGUACCUCAAUGGGGAGCCACUGCUGGACAGGCCCUUCCGGGAGCGCCGUGAACUGCUACGCAGUCUCUUCGUGGAGAUUCCUAAAAGCUUUACCUGGGUGAAAAGCCUCGACGCAACAUCUGCAGAUUCUGAGGCUAUCCUCGAGUUCUUCAAGGGCGCCACAGACGCGAAGUGCGAGGGUAUCAUGGUCAAAGUACUUGACAACACCACCAAGCCCGAUUUCCAACCAAUCGAGGAAGUACUACCCACCACCACUGAGACAGACUCUAUCAAAACUCAACGAGGCGAGACUGCCGCAAAUAACAUCAUCCUCAAACUCAGCAAAGAAAAAGGCACCCGCCGCAAAGCCCUCCUCUCCACCUACGAGCCCGACAAACGCCUUGAAUCCUGGCUCAAAGUGAAAAAGGACUACAGCACCUCCUCCGAAACCCUCGACCUGAUCCCCAUUGCCGGCUGGCACGGCAACGGCCGCAAAGCGAACUGGUGGUCACCGAUACUCCUCGCCGCCCGGAACCCGGAGACAGGGGCGCUGCAAGCAGUCACGAAGUGCAUGUCCGGCUUCACGGACAAGUUCUACCAGGCCAACAAGGACAAAUACGCGGAAGGCAGCCCGAACGUGAUCUCGCGACCUGGCUACGUGGAGUAUGCGGGGGAGCCGGACGUAUGGUUCGAGCCGCAGGAAGUGUGGGAGAUGGCGUUUGCGGACAUCACGCUGAGCCCGACGUACACGGCGGCGAUUGGGCUGGUAAGCGAGGAGCGAGGACUGAGUCUACGGUUCCCGCGGUUUCUGCGCGUACGGGAGGAUAAAUCGAUUGAUGAGGCAACGAGUUCGGAUUAUCUGGCGCUGUUGUGGCAGAAACAGGCGGAAAAGGCGAAUGUUGAGGAUCGAGAGGAGGGAGUAGAUGAACAGGAGGAAUCGGGAUGGCAGGAGUAA